CUGGGCAACCUGGACCAGGGCCUCCCGAUGCUCAGAGGAAAACAUUUCUUCCCAAGAUCUCAUCUCAAUCUCCCCUCUUUCAGCUCAAACCCGUUCCUGCUCAUCCUGUCCCUGUCCCCCCUGAUCCAGAGCUCCUCUCCUGAGCUCAGAAUAGUCGAAGGCCCCAGAAUAGUUGAGAUUCCUUUGGUGCUGUGUGAUUCUUUCAGUCUUUGGAGAAGAUGCUUGCUGUGCAUUCAAGUCUUUCCGUCUGGGCUGAUGCUUUGCUUGCCUGAGAGUUGGAGCGUGGUGUCUCUUUUUGGGGUACUCUUGGUGGGCAAGAGAAAGUCGGGUUUGCCUGGAGUUGAGGUGCUGCUUUCUGAAUAACAGUCUCUGACAAAUAUGUAAUUCUUUAUGGAAAAUCAUGGAAUCACAGGAUGGUUUGGGUUGGAAAGGACCUUAAAGCCCAUGCCGUUCCAUGGCACCUUGGCUGCUUGCACAGUGACGUUGGGAGCAUGGUGCUCCAGUAGGUUGCCCCCAAAUCCCCGAUUUCUUACAGUCUUGCUGUGAAUUCUCUCUUUAUCCACCCAAAUAGAAUCAUGGAAUGGUUUGGGUUGGAAGGGACCUCAAAGCCCAUCCAGUUCCACCUCCUGCCAUGGGCAGGGACACCUCCCACUGGAUCAGGGGCUCUGAGCCUCAUCCAACCUGGCCUGGAACCCCUCCAGAGAUGGGGAAAUAAUCUUGAACUGUAUUAAAUAACUCAAAACACCAGUUCUAGCCUGAUGCACAGAUUUCCAUCAUCUGUUCCAAGGGCUGCCCACCUCUACAUGAGCCCGAAGGGACAGGUGAAGCUUGGUGGCCAUUAUCCCUUUGCUUCUUGCCUAUGAGCAUCACCCCUCCUGGCUUCACCGCUGCCCUCGAUGUCUGCCAGCACAGGUCCAGGGCUUAUGCAAGGAGACCAUGACCACCGAUGAGGCCACCAGGAGCGAAGUGGAGGUGCAGGCGGCGGCUCUGGCUGAGCACGGAGAGGACAUCACGCCGGCUCGAGACCGAGGGGUCCUCAAGAUCAUCAAACGACCUGGGAGCGAAGAUGAGUCCCCCAUGAUCGGGGACAAGGUUUACGUCCACUACAAAGGUAAAUUGGCCAACGGUAAAAAAUUCGACUCCAGCCGCGAUCGGAACGAGCCCUUUGUCUUCAGCUUGGGCAAAGGUCAGGUAAUCAAGGCAUGGGACAUUGGGGUGGCUACCAUGAAGAAGGGAGAGAUCUGCUACUUGCUCUGCAAACCCGAAUACGCAUACGGCUCUGCUGGCAGUGCCCCCAAAAUCCCUUCCAAUGCCACUCUCUUUUUCGAGGUUGAGCUGCUUGACUUCAAAGGCGAGGACUUGUUUGAGGACGGAGGGAUAAUCCGGAGGAUCAAGAGGAAGGGUGAAGGUUACUCCAACCCUAACGAAGGUGCUACGGUGGAAAUUCGCCUCGAGGGAUUCUGCGGCAGCACCAGGUUCGAUUGCAGAGAUGUGAAGUUCGUCGUUGGCGAAGGAGAGGACCACGACAUCCCCAUCGGCAUCGACAAAGCCCUGGAGAAGAUGCAAAGGGGAGAGCACUGCAUCCUCUACCUCGGGCCACGGUACGGCUUUGGCGAGGGAGGGAAGCCCAAGUACGGCAUCCAGCCCAACGCGGAGCUGGUGUACGAGGUGACGCUGAAGAGCUUUGAAAAGGCCAAGGAGUCGUGGGAGAUGGACACCAAAGAGAAGCUGGAACAGGCUGCCAUCGUCAAGGAGAAAGGCACCAUGUACUUCAAGGAAGGCAAAUACCUGCAGGCGGUGAUUCAGUAUGGGAAGAUCGUGUCUUGGCUGGAAAUGGAGUACGGCUUGUCUGAGAAAGAGUCGAAAGCAUCCGACUCCUUCCUCCUGGCUGCCUUCCUCAACCUGGCCAUGUGCUACCUGAAACUGCGCGAGUACACCAAAGCCGUCGAGUGCUGUGAUAAGGUAGAGGCACUGGGACUGGACCAGGACAACGAGAAGGGUUUGUACCGGAGGGGUGAAGCCAGAUUAUUGAUGAAUGAAUUCGAGCUGGCAAAAUGUGACUUUCAAAAAGUGCUGGAAGUGAAUCCACAGAACAAAGCAGCCAAAUCCCAGAUCUCCGUCUGCCAGAAGAAAACAAAGGAGCACAACGAGAGGGACCGGAGGAUCUACGCCAACAUGUUCACAAAGUUUGCAGAGAGAGAUGCAAAGGAAGCAGCUAGCAAAACCGAGGUCGAAAAAACAGCGAAGAAAGCAGCUUGUGAAAAGGGACCGAAAACUCCCAGUGCUGAAGACAAAGAGGCUGAAGGACACGUAUGACAGAGGAGGACGGGAAGGGAGAACCUUCUGCCCUCAGCCCGUGCAGAAAAAAGGUUGUUGCCAGACCUUGGGACUCGCCAGUGUUUUCUUGUAAAGCUUGUUACAGUUUGUGUGAUUGUGGAAGCAAAAAGCGCCUUGCAAAGAAAAACAAACCCCGUCUCGCUGCCCUGGGCGUGCUCGAGGGCAGAGCGGGAGCGGCGGGAUGCCGUGGGACCACCACACGUGGAACAAAAUAGCUUUUAAACGAGAGAGAAACGAGAAAAACAAAUAAAUAAAAAUUGAAACUCUUGGCUCUCGGGAGGUUUCCAUAGACAGCUCGUCCCAUCUCCUUUGGCUUCGUGUCGGCUGGCGGCGCAGCAUCCUGGGUCUUCUAUGAGGAGUUGGGAUGUAGGAGAUGCUCCUUGUGUUGCCUCUGGUUGGAUCUGGCACACGACCACGCAGCGCCGGCUGCUGCAGUGCCUCCGUCAGCCCCGAGCACGGAGGAGAUCGCUGCCCACGGGCUGCCCCAGCACCCUGCUCACCCGUGGGUGCUCGCUGGCUUAGGGGUGGAAAUUGGUUUUCUUUCCUGGUGGCUUCUUGCCUGUGGCCAAAGGGGCUGCGGCAUAGAGCCAAGUGUUGAGGUGAGGACCUGCAGCACCUCCACUGCAGCACCUCGAUGCAGGGAUGGAAUUUGCCUUUAAAACACUGCUUUGGGAGAGGGCAUUUACGUUUCGAAGCGCUGGUUGCUCUUUCCUUGGAGGGUAAAAGCCUCCUAUCCAGCUCCACUGCCCACAGAGGCGCUCAGUCCGGAGCCUGCACCCCAUCCAUUGGCUCCCAUCUUUAAAUGGGAAUUUUAUUGUGUAUUUGGGGUCCAUAAGGAGGGAAGAAUAAAGAGCAGGUUGCGGUACUGUGGUUCAGAAAGCGAGUGGCUGGAUCAGAGCCGGGACUGUGAGCGCUUGCUGCCGUGGCGAGGGGUGACCCUGGGCGCGAUUGAAGCACAUCGUGUCCCCACACUGGUGCUGCUGCCACCUCGGCCAUCGUUCUCCUCCAUCCUUAAAGAGAUGCCGUCACUACUGUGUGAGAACAGCUUUCCGGUGGUUGUUUUUCCUGUCUGUCCUUUGUAAUACCCCUUUUGGAGCUUGAAAAUAAACAACUGAAUUCA